CUGAAUUCUCUACAUCUCCUAUUGAACUGGAAGAUUUGCAAUGUUUUCUUGAACAGCUAGAUCUUCUCUCAUUGCCAUCCCUGCUCUGGGGAGAAUACCAGCCUAGGACUAAGGAAGGGAUCGGAGGAAUCAACACAUUAAAAAGAUGGACAAAUCCCUCUUGCUUCUGUUUGCUGUUACACUGUUGACUGUGGGAUGCACAGAUGCGGGUGAAAGCAAAGGAUCCAUACACAAGGAAAAAGAAAGGUCAAAGAGACAAGCUCUAAAACAUCUGACUGUCACUACUAUCAUGGAACAGCCUUUCUCGAUGAAGACUGAAUCAGGAAUGGAAGGUUUCUGCAUAGACUUGCUGUCUGAACUUUCUCAAAGCCUCGGCUUUAAUUAUACCAUAAGAGAAGUGAAGGAUGGGAGAUAUGGUGCCAAAGACCAAGACGGGAACUGGAAUGGAAUGGUUGGAGAGGUGUUAAGAAAGGAAGUUGAUUUGGCAGUAGCUCCUUUAACUAUUACUGCCAAACGGGAAGGAGAACUUGCCUUUACAAAGCCAUUCAUGCAAACUGGUAUCAGUAUACUGCUGAGGAAGGACAAUACAUCCGAGAACUCCUAUCUCUUUGGCUUUUUAACUCCCUUCAGUAAAGAAACUUGGAUAGGAAUUUUAGUUGCUUACGUGGUCACAAGCCUCUGUCUUUUUCUUGUUGGCAGACUAAGCCCUUGUGAAUGGACUGAACUUUCCACUGAACAGAAUAACUUUACCUUCCUAAAUAGCCUUUGGUUUGGAGUUGGUGCUUUUACGUUACAAGGUGCAGAACCACACCCAAAAUCUGUUUCUGCCCGAAUCAUUGCAGUCAUCUGGUGGAUAUUUUCCAUAGUCCUGGUUGCUGCUUACAUUGCAAGCUUUGCUGCCUUUUUAAACUCUGAUAGUGUGCAAACUACAGAUAUUCAGACAUUUGAAGACUUAGUCAACCAAAGAACUCUUGAGUUUGGAACUAUCAACAGCUCUUCCACAUUCCAGUUUUUUAAGAAUUCGAAGAAUCCAACAUACCGAAUGAUUUAUGAAUAUAUGGAUAAAAGAAAAGAUGAACUUCUUGUGAAAUCAUUUGCUGAGGGUGUACAGCGGGUUCAAGAGUCAAAUUAUGCCUUCCUUGGCGAGUCUGUUAUGCAAGACAUCAUGGUGGCAAAGCAUUGUGAUCUUGUCAGGGCCCCUCAGAUCAUUGCAGGCAGAGGAUACGCCAUUGCUGCUCCAUUAGACUCUCCCCUUAUCAAACAACUAAGUGUUGCCAUUUUGGAACAAACGGAGUCAGGUAAUAUAGAGUACCUAAGGAAAAAGUGGUGGGAUAACACCUGCUCCAUGAAACGCAGCGCUGGAUGGAACCCUGUGCAGCCACAUACUCUGGGGGGAAUUUUCCUCAUUCUUGGUAUUGGUUUGGCUUUGGGAGUUAUAGCAGCUUUGAUUGAGCUGGUGUUAAAAGCCAGGAACAAUGCUGAUCAGCAAAAGAAAUCUUGCUGUUCUGCUUUCUCGGAGGAAAUGGGAGAGCGUUUUGGAACAAAUAAAGAAAACCAGGAAGCAGCGGACAGUGUGAAAUCCUAAGAAGAUUCUGCUUCAGAAAGGAUUUUUUUUAGAUUUACUACUUAUACCCAGACUCUUUUUAUGUGCUUUUCUGUACUAGUGUGCUGUUAAGUAUGCAUGACUGUAUUUUUAAAAUGUGAUUGAGGAUAAAUAAAUUCCAUGGGUGGAAUUAUACAGA